GGAGAAGUAAGAAGAGAAACAACGUCCGGCGCUUCCGCCUUCGCUUAGGAGGAGGAGGAGCUGGUAGGGAAAGGAAAUUGAUUCGCCCUGGGCCUGGACUAGACCGAGUCGGGCCGGUGGGGGUCUGGGCUAUGAGCCUUUGAGGGUCGCUUGGGACGCGGAGCGAGACACGAGAGCCGAGAGCUAUGUCUCAGCCGCCGCCGCCGCCUCCGCUGCCGCCGCCACCUCCUCCCCCUGAGGCUCCGCAGACUCCGCCGUCCCUGGCGGCGGCUGCGGCGGCUGCUCCGGGGGGCCUCGCGAAGCGGAGAGACCGGAGAAUCCUUUCCGGGAGCUGCCCGGAUCCGAAGUGCCAGGCGCGUCUGUUCUUCCCGGCCUCCGGUUCUGUCAGCAUCGAGUGUACCGAGUGCGGACAGCGGCACGAGCAGCAACAGCUGCUGGGGGUGGAGGAGGUGACGGACCCGGACGUAGUGCUACACAACCUGCUGCGGAACGCGCUGCUGGGGGUGACAGGGGCACCCAAGAAGAACACGGAACUGGUAAAGGUGAUGGGCCUUUCCAACUACCACUGCAAAUUGUUGUCGCCCAUAUUAGCUCGCUAUGGAAUGGACAAACAGACAGGCCGAGCUAAGCUUCUCCGGGACAUGAACCAGGGCGAACUGUUCGAUUGUGCUUUACUGGGAGACCGCGCCUUCCUCAUCGAACCCGAGCAUGUUAACACGGUGGGCUAUGGCAAGGACCGCUCCGGAAGCCUCCUCUAUUUGCAUGACACUCUUGAAGACAUCAAGCGGGCCAAUAAAAGUCAGGAAUGCCUCAUUCCAGUGCAUGUGGACGGGGAUGGACACUGCCUGGUCCAUGCGGUGUCCCGGGCUCUCGUAGGCCGGGAGCUCUUCUGGCAUGCCUUGAGAGAGAAUCUGAAACAGCACUUUCAGCAGCACCUGGCUCGAUAUCAAGCCCUGUUCCAUGACUUCAUUGAUGCUGCUGAGUGGGAGGACAUUAUCAAUGAGUGUGACCCUCUCUUUGUACCACCUGAGGGUGUUCCAUUGGGCCUGAGGAACAUCCACAUAUUUGGCCUUGCCAAUGUGUUGCAUCGCCCCAUUAUUCUGUUAGAUUCUCUCAGUGGGAUGAGAAGCUCUGGUGAUUAUUCAGCCACCUUUCUGCCUGGGCUCAUCCCUGCAGAGAAGUGCACUGGGAGAGAUGGUCAUUUGAACAAACCAAUCUGUAUUGCAUGGAGUAGCUCUGGUAGAAACCAUUAUAUCCCCUUGGUAGGCAUCAAAGGGGCUGCUUUGCCCAAACUGCCUAUGAAUUUGCUUCCUAAAGCAUGGGGUGUGCCUCAGGACCUUAUUAAAAAGUACAUCAAACUUGAAGAUGAUGGUGGUUGUGUUAUUGGAGGAGACCGAAGCCUGCAUGAUAAAUACUUACUUAGGCUUGUUGCUGCUAUGGAAGAAGUGUUUAUGGACAAACACGGUAUCCAUCCUAGUUUGGUUGCUGAUGUCCAUCAGUAUUUCUACAGGAGGACUGGGGUGAUAGGAGUUCAGCCUGAAGAAGUCACAGCAGCUGCUAAAAAAGCAGUAAUGGAUAAUCGCCUUCACAAAUGUUUGCUCUGUGGUGCCCUUUCUGAACUUCAUGUUCCUCCAGAGUGGUUGGCUCCAGGAGGGAAACUGUAUAACUUGGCAAAAGGUACUCAUGGACAGCUGAGGCCUGACAAAAAUUAUAGCUUUCCCUUAAACAAUUUGGUUUGUUCAUAUGAUUCAGUGAAAGAUGUUCUGAUACCAGACUACGGAUUGAGUAACCUAACAGCUUGUAAUUGGUGCCAUGGCACAUCUGUGCGAAGGGUAAGAGGAGAUGGGUCUAUUGUGUAUUUGGAUGGAGACAGAACUAAUUCUAGGUCCACUGGUGGCAAAUGUGGUUGUGGAUUCAAACAUUUUUGGGAUGGCAAAGAAUACGACAAUCUACCAGAAGCUUUUCCUAUUACUUUGGAAUGGGGUGGCAGAGUGGUCAGAGAAACAGUAUAUUGGUUUCAGUAUGAAAGUGAUUCAUCUUUGAAUAGUAAUGUUUAUGAUGUUGCAAUGAAACUUGUUACCAAGCACUUUCCAGGUGAAUUUGGGAGUGAAAUCCUAGUUCAGAAAGUUGUCCACACUAUAUUGCAUCAGACUGCCAAAAAGAAUCCUGACGAUUAUACUCCUGUAAAUAUAGAUGGUGCUCAUGCCCAAAGAGUUGGAGAUGUACAAGGACAAGAGUCGGAGUCUCAGCUCCCAACCAAAAUCAUUCUUACUGGACAGAAAACAAAAACUUUGCACAAGGAAGAGUUAAACAUGAGUAAAACUGAAAGAACUAUUCAACAUAAUAUUACGGAACAGGCUUCUGCAAUGCAGAAACGGAAAACAGAGAAGUUAAAACAAGAACAAAAAGGACAGGCCAGGACUGUUUCUCCCAGUGCCAUUCGUGAUGGUCCAUCCUCUGCACCUGCUACCCCUACCAAGGCUCCCUAUUCACCAACAACUUCUAAGGAAAAGAAGAUCCGAAUAACAACUAAUGAUGGACGACAGUCCAUGGUUACUCUUAAGUCUUCAACAACCUUUUUUGAACUUCAGGAAAGCAUAGCCAGAGAAUUCAACAUUCCUCCGUAUUUACAGUGUAUUCGCUAUGGCUUUCCUCCUAAAGAGUUAAUGCCACCCCAGGCAGGAAUGGAAAAGGAGCCAGUUCCUUUACAGCAUGGUGACAGAAUUACAAUAGAGAUUCUAAAAAGUAAAGCAGAAGGUGGUCAGUCUGCUGCAGCACACUCGGCCCACACUGUGAGACAAGAAGAGAUUGCUGUUACUGGUAAACUGUCAUCUAAGGAACUUCAGGAGCAAGCUGACAAAGAAAUGUACACCUUGUGUCUUUUAGCAACGUUAAUGGGAGAAGAUGUAUGGUCUUAUGCAAAAGGGCUUCCUCACCUGUUCCAGCAGGGUGGCGUUUUCUACAAUAUUAUGAAGAAAACCAUGGGUAUGGCUGAUGGCAAGCAUUGUACUUUUCCGCAUCUGCCUGGCAAAACCUUUGUCUAUAAUGCUUCUGAGGAUAGACUGGAGUUGUGUGUGGAUGCCGCAGGACAUUUCCCUAUCGGUCCUGAUGUUGAAGACUUAGUUAAAGAGGCUGUAAGUCAGGUUCGAGCAGAGGCUACUACAAGAAGUAGGGAAUCAAGUCCCUCACACGGGCUGUUGAAACUAGGUAGUGGUGGAGUAGUGAAAAAGAAAUCUGAGCAACUUCAUAAUGUAACUGCCUUUCAGGGAAAGGGGCAUUCUCUAGGAACUGCAUCCGGUAACCCUCACCUGGAUCCAAGAGCUAGGGAAACUCCAGUUGUAAGGAAGCAUAACGCAGGGACAGACUUUAGUAAUAGUUCCACUAAAACAGAGCCUUCUGUAUUCACAGCUGCUCCUAGUAACAGUGAGCUUAUUCGAAUAGCUCCUGGAGUAGUUACAAUGAGAGACAGCAGGCAGCUUGAUCCUGAUUUGGUUGAGGCCCAGCGAAAAAAAUUGCAGGAAAUGGUUUCUUCUAUUCAGGCUUCAAUGGACAAGCACUUGCGGGAUCAAAGUACAGAGCAGUCACCAUCUGAUCUUCCUCCAAGGAAGGGAGAAGUUGUGAGUUCUGUGAAGUCUGGGACUCUUCAGACUGGCUUACCUGAAUCUUUUUCUUUAACUGGUGGCACUGAAAAUUUGAAUACAGAAACAACUGAUAGCUGUGUGGCAGAGGCACUGGGAGCAGCAUUUGCCACAAGGUCAAAAGCACAAAAGGGAAAUUCCGUGGAGGAGCCUGAAGAAAUGGAUAGUCAAGAUGCUGAGAUGACAAACACAACUGAGCCAAUGGAUCACUCUUGAUUGAACUAGAGGCUAAUAAAGGCAGAAUGUUUAUUGUGAAUAUGUAAUAUUUGUUGGCUGGGCCACAUAACUUGAUUAGUCAUUAAAAAUCUUGUACGUAUAUAA